AUGGGGAUCCCCAGACUCGCAAGUUACGUUAAUUCGUUCCCAAAUCUUUGGGAAGAGGUCAUUCUUCCAGAUAUAUAUACCAAACUGGUCAUAGAUGGGUAUGGUUUGUGCUACUAUCUUUAUGUAAGUAAUGGAUUUGACUUCCGGUGCGGUGGGCAAUACGGCGAGUUUUACCGCGCGGUUGAUUCGUUUUUUACUGCUUUGAGUUCUAAACGAGUCAAGUGCUUUGUGAUCUUCGAUGGCGCGGACGAUCCAAGCGACAAAAAGUUGGAAACACUCCAGGAGCGAGCAAUCCAGAAUAUUGAAGCGGCGGAUGCUUUGGCAAAAUCAGCUGAUGACCCCAAGUUCUUACUUCCGCCUUUGACCAAAGAUGUUUGCCUACAGGCGCUAAGGGAUCUUGGCAUUCAAUUCGCAGUUUGCGACAGGUAAAUAAUAUCAAGCUUUGAUAAAACGCACUGUUUCGAAGACUUUAAAAGCGGGAAUUCCCCCAUGAGGUUGGCAGUCGUCUUACGGGCAAUGGUAAAAAGUGAGUACCCGAUGCGACAAAGUUGUUCACAGCCCUCAAUUUUUUUCUGUAUUUUCAUUCGAUAACCAUACAAACUGGACGGAAACUAUGUCGGAGCGUGAGGGGAUAGAGGGCUUGUUCGCCCCUGGCCUGCGGACACGGUAGGUAUAAAACGCAGGUCACAGCAACAGGUCACCGUGCUACGGUAAAUAUUAAACAACCAAACCCUAAUCACAAUCCAAAACUGAGUUUUAGCUUAAGGCGAAACUGCCUAUCUCAGUUAUUUAUCAAUAGAGCCCUGACCUGCAGUUGUGACCUGUGAUCUGUAACCUGUUUUUUGUACCUGCCACUGAGGGCAGGCUCCCAGGGAAACGUUGUUUAAAGAGAAGGGGAGAGACUUUAUCUCCUCGCACGGUAACCGGUUAUUUUGCCCCAAGUCAUUUCGCCCCGGUUUCUUAAACCCCUUUUUUGAGUUAUUUAGCGCGCUUUAAAUGUCAUAUUGCUCGGUCUAUAAGCCAUAAAGAAAAACCAGUGCACUUCAAACGUAACAUUUCUCGUUUUAAAAAAGGGGGCUAAGUAACCGGGGAGAAAUGACCGUAAAGCCCUCGCUCGAACCCCCACUAAAGAUCCUUUUUAUAGGCUAGCACGACCAAACACUACCCUGCAAUAUGAAGCUAUGAAAUUGUUUGUUAAGUCAGUGUAUUUUCUUUUGCGACAAGCAGUGUAGUUUUUGAUGUUGUAUUUGGCCUAAGAUGUAAUCCUCCCUCUUUUCCCCAACAGUGAAGCUGAUGCAGAAGUUGCUUCCUUGGCUCAAUCAUUGAACUGCCCAGUUCUAGGCAACGACAGUGACUUCUUCAUAUUUGAUGUAAAAGCAGGCUACAUACCACUGUCUUUUUUCGACUGGAAAGCAGAUCAAUUAACAGCCAGUAUUUUCCACCGUAGUAAACUGGCAUCACACUUUGGAAUUCGCGCAGAACUGAUUCCUUUGUUAGCCUCUUUGGCAGGCAAUGAUUACGUGAAAAGGCACGCACUGGUGGCUUUUUACCGUGCAUUGACUGGCAGUCAAAGAACGAAUCAUUUUAGCAGAAGUGAAGAAAGGUUUGCAAAAAUUGCUAACAAGCUGUCCGAGCUACCUGACUCGUGUAACCAACAGGAAGCACUCGAGUCCGUCCUUCAAAUGAUAUCAUCGGAAGACAGAUGUAAACUGAAACAAGCUGUACAACUUUCCCUUCAAGAAUAUAACAUUAAGAAAUCGAAUUUAUUUGAUUAUUUCACAACUGGUGCGGUGUGCAGCUCUCUUAGGACACGUAAUGGCCACGAAAUUAAGCAGUGGGUUUUGGAACGGUUUCGUUCUGGGCUGUUUUCAACCAAAUUUAUGAAUAGUUUAACCUCUGGUAAAUGCUUGCUUCGAGUGCAGGUUGAAAACUGUCAAGAAAUUUCCGCAAACCGCUCUUCUUUGCGGCUUAGACAGUUUGUUUACGGUAUUCUAAACGAUAUAGAAGAAGGCACAAACGAACCGGGAAAUUUACCAUCUGUCCAAGAAUGGGAUAGAGCACCACUACCACUUCUUCCACCAAUGCCACUACGUACUGAGCUGAACCAGUUCAAUGUUGCACCCUAUCAAGAGAAUGUGGUACCAGGUAUAAGUCACAUCCCAUAUCUCGAGACCACAGAGACGCUAAACUUUUUGUUAUUUGCGCUUUAUAGUGCAGACACACCCGAAAUCGAGGCUUUACCGCAGGAUAUGAAGUUAUUUGCUGCAUCACUUCGAUAUCUUCUUAACCAUGCGCAGCCAAAGCUGAAGAUGAAUCAUCUCUUGGCUUUAUUAUGCUGUUGUGUUAACUUACAAGACAAUUUGGCGGAAGAGAACGUGAAAACUCAAUCAAUUGAUCUGCGAGCAGCGCACAGUUUUUGUCAGUGGCAGUCUGUUUUGGGAGACGCUAUCAACCUUAACCGCAUUUUACGAGAGCCUGUGCUUACGCCGUACAUUCAUAAGAUAUACAAUGGAAAAAUGGCGCACAGUCUAGCGAAGAAACUAAAUCAAGGUAAGUUAUUUAUCGACAAAACACUGAGUAAACCAUUCCAGCACUUCCCCGUGCACAAGCAAUACUCAAAACUAUGAAAAUUAGAACAAAAAAUUGAAAAACUUAAAAAGGACUUUAACAACAGAUUGACAAUUAGAGGCAUGGUUUGCAUUUAACACUGACUGAUUAUUGUGGUCGAAUCUUUCAGUUUCUAUCGAGCUCAGCUACUUGCCUGGAUUGUGAGACAAAGUCACUUUUCAUGCCUUUUAGCGAAGCACUUUUUGCAGGCAAACAUUUCCUUUUUAAGUUGACAUUUCUUUACAUGUUGAAUUCCUUUCACGUUAGCUUGAGCUACUUUAAUAACCUACGCGAAGAGUCGAGUCACUGCAGAAUAUUAGUUGACACGACGCGGUUUGCAAAUAAUAUAAGGUUAGAAAUACUCUCUUAUGUUACAGUUGCAAGCUAACCGUUGCCUUUUCAGUUUAAUUUUUCGAUGACAGCCGAUAGUCCAACACUUCUAUACUACAAUGAGAACCUUGUUACACCUUGUUACUAUCAGGAAAGAACGUACGAAGUUAGUAGUAAUUUGUUAUGUACUUUCUUUUUCCAGGAAGUACCCCAGAGGAACUAAUUCCGUCUUCAAAACAACAGUUGUUCAACCAACUUAAAACUGCAGUAACAAAGGAUGUCAAGCAUGUCGAGACUGACUGCACCGAAGAAAUCUGA